GCGGGCAGGCUUCCGAUUGGCUGCCUGAGUGCGGACUAUAAAGGCGAGCGCGGAGCCCAGCCGCUCACUCCGCCACCGCUGCUGCAAGCAUGGCUCGCUUCGUGGCCUUGGUCCUUCUCGGGCUGCUGUCGCUGUCUGGACUGGACGCCAUCCAGCGUCGUCCAAAGAUUCAAGUGUACUCAAGACACCCACCAGAAGAUGGAAAGCCAAAUUACCUGAACUGCUAUGUGUCUGGGUUCCAUCCACCCCAGAUUGAAAUCGAUUUGCUGAAGAAUGGGGAGAAGAUUAAAUCGGAGCAGUCAGACCUGUCUUUCAGCAAGGACUGGUCUUUCUACCUGCUGUCCCACGCCGAGUUCACUCCCAACAGCAAGGAUCAGUACAGCUGCCGAGUGAAACACGUUACUUUGGAACAACCCCAGAUAGUUAAGUGGGAUCGAGACCUGUAAGCAGCACCAUCGAGAUUUGAACAUUCUUCAUUUGGUCUAAUAUCAAAUUCUGUUUCCUUGCUCUUUAAUACUGAUAUGCUUUUAUGCUUUAUGCACAUAAUCAGAAGUGGUAUUCAUGUUAUCACAAAUAACUUCUUUAUAAUUUUGCCUUGGCUGCUGCACGUCCAUGUUUGGCCUUCCUAUGCAGGUGUGUACAGUGGAGGUGCUGGCAUCUUAGAGGUGGGGAGGACAAUUUCAGAUUUACCAUCAACAUCUGGGUGUCUUCUGCAUACGAAACUGCGUAAUAAGAUACUUAUGCAUGUUAAAGUAAGCCUCCAAUUUUGUAACUUUGGUUACAAUUUUGGGAAAAUUUUGGAAAGAUAAUUUUUAGAGUUAUGGAAAUUUGUUAAUUUUUAGAAUUAUGGAGAUUGUAGAUGAAGCAUUUUGCCAUAUAAAGUUUAUAUGUUAUCUCCUA